AUGCAAGGGCAGAGGCGGGGCCAGUGCCGCUGUGGCGGCGGCGGCAGCACCGCCACCAUGUCCUGGUACCGCAACGCCGUGUGGUUCGUGAAGGGGCUGCGGGAGUACACGAGUUUCUCACAGGUGUCUCUGGUUUAUUCAGGAGCGGCUAUGAGUCUGCUUCCAAGCACUUCAAUCCAGCCGAUGUGGAGGUGAACGUGUCUGGAAGAUCCUUUCUGGUCACUGGUGCCAACAGUGGCAUUGGCAAGGCCACAGCCAAAGAGAUAGCGAGGAGAGGUGGCACGGUUCAUCUGGUUUGCCGAAAUAAGGAACGGGCUGAGGUCGCCAAAGGAGAAAUAGUGACAGAAACGGGCAAUGAGAAUAUCUUCUUGCAUAUUGUGGAUAUAUCUAAUCCCAAGGAAAUCUGGAAGUUUGCUGAAAAAUUCAAAAACGAACAUAAAUUAAAUGUGUUGAUCAACAAUGCAGGAUGUAUGGUGAAUAGCAGAGAAUUAACUGAAGAUGGACUUGAAAAAAACUUUGCAACAAACACUUUGGGUACCUACAUUCUGACAACUGCCCUGCUGCCCCUCCUGGAGAAAGAAGCUGAUGCCAGAGUGAUAACUGUCUCUUCAGGGGGCAUGCUAGUUCAAAAGUUAAACCUAUCUGACUUGCAGUCAGGAAAUGGGACAUUUGAUGGAACUAUGGUGUAUGCACAAAACAAGAGGCAGCAAGUUGUCUUGACAGAACAAUGGGCAAAAACUCACAGAAACAUCCAUUUCUCUGUUAUGCAUCCUGGCUGGGCAGACACUCCAGCUGUGAGGUCGUCAAUGCCAGAUUUCUAUCAGAAGAUGAAGAAUACUCUGCGCACAGAGGCCCAGGGAGCUGAUACUGUCGUCUGGUUGGCAGUAUCAUCUGAAGCAACAAAGCUACCCAGUGGCUUGUUCUUCCAAGACAGGCAAUCAGUCCCUACACACCUACCCCUUGCAAGCACCCACAGUCCACCGGAGGAGGAGGAGAAGCUAAUGGAGGUGCUGGAAGAGCUCUCCCAGAAGUUUAAAUCCACUUCUCCAGGAACUUAGUGUCACUGCUGACACAGCGUAACCACAAAGCUUCUAAUUACUCAGUAACAGUACCAUAUUUCUCCUGCUGUUGAGGGGAAGUAGGAUGCCAUAGGCCUGUUAAAAAUUAAUUGUGUUCAGGUGUUCUCAUCAUGGGGGAGAGUGAUGUUUGUGACUUCCUUUUUCUGCUGCCGAGAGUCUCUCCCAUUGUGAAUGUGCACCUACUGUCUCAAGACACAGUAACGUUGUGUUCUUUGAAUUGGAAGAAAAAUCUUGAGGCAUUAAAAUAAAACCCAAGGUUUUAUGAAAUUACCCAAAAAUCAUUUAAAACACUCAGCAUGGAGAAAUGCAGAGGAAUGUACCUUCAGUAGCCCUCAGGAAAGACUUCCAGAAAGAAGUAGUAAAUGUUUUAAACAAUAUUUAACUACUGUAUUUGACAGGUUGGUGGCUUCUUUCACUUUGUGAGGGUGACUGGGCUCAAACCUAUAAACGGGAAUGCAGGAAGUCUCUCUUGCAUCACCUGCUUAGUUUAAAUGGAAGGAUUCCUCACAGCCUUCAGUCUCCAUAAAUCAAUGCUGGUAUGCAGAAGUGAUCUGCUUCCUUGUGUUUAAACAGCAAGAAUUUAGGAACACUGCCAAAUGCCUUCCACAUCACUUUAUGGAGUCAGGGCUGAAUAUUAUCCCAUUUAUAUCAAGACACCAUGAAGUAGAAGGCUUCAACACAUACCAUACCCAGACAUGGUCGGAUCCAGCAGAGAAAUGGCUGCAUGACUCUAGGCAUGAAAAGAAAUAAUAUGCUAAUCCAUACAUGCUUGCCAUUUCUGUGAAAGAUCAAAGGGAAUUGCUUUAUCAUUAUGAAUGGAUUAAGAGGGGGAAGGGAACACUGAGGGGGCACAGGUUUUAGAGAAGUCCACCCCCUUACAAGAGGGUUGUAUUUUGCCUGGAACUGCUUAUUUCCAGCCACAGAAGAUGGGAUUCGUCUUACCUGACCUGUGAGUGUUUGAAUUACUCAUUGGGAUUCUUGCUGUAAAUCAGAGAAAACAGGCUUUUUCACAGUGAUUUACUGGAUCUAGUUUAAGAAACUAACCCUACAUUCCUACAUCUUUUUACUGAUGGUGAAGACAACCAGCUCAAACUAAGGCAUUCAGGUGGGAUUCAUUUUGUCUUACAUUUUUCAGAUUUACUGCAAAGCCAAGACUAUUAAUAAUGACAGUGGUAACACAUUUUCUCCUGAACCGAGUGUGUUUGAUAGCAAACUGCACUCUGAACCCAACAAAGUCGCACUACUGUUUAACACUUGGCUGUAGACCAGCAUGGUAGGACAAAAGACCGAGACACAACUAUAACACAGGCGUUCUUGAGCUCUCUGCAGUGACUGUUAGGUAAAGGCCAUGCUGAUGGGCAGAGAACUCGUUAUGCCUGCUUUACAUAAAUUAGUUUCCUACUGGCUGAUGGCAUUUACUCAUUAUUCAGUGACAUCCUAUUAAGUAUCAAUUUAGAAAAAAAAGUCUCUUUUCAGCCUAUUGUCAGUCUCCUUGGAAAUAAAGGCUUUCCUGUCAGAGAGGCCCUGAAAUAAGUUUUCCCAUGAUGAGCAGGGCUGAGAUGCCAGGCUGCCACAGCUCUUCCUGAAGAGGCUAGAUCAGCAUUCAAGCUAUUGCUUCAUUUUAGAAACUUAACUCCUUCAUGCGCUACAGUGAAAGAAACCAGCAACAAGGCUUGUAGAGAUGUUUAUUUCCUAGAAGUCUGGUAUUAAUGUUUUACAUGGUUCAAACUCUUAAAUGCAGUUACUGAAAAUAAGAGCAUGGCUAAAAGCAUAUAUAGUAACUGCAUCUCUCUAUCUGGUAGCUGCAAAACUAAGACAUUUGCAUAGUUGAGUAUUUAAGUCAAGUUGCUUCUCAGCUCUGCAGUACAGAAGAAAAGUUUAAUGACAGGUAUUCAAAUAGUUCAUAAAAAUAAGUAAAUAUACAUAUAAAACCCAUAUAAUUUAGUCCACGUUCUGUACUGAUGUAUUUGAAUAGCUUGUAUUUUUCUUUUUAGUCACAGCUUAAAAAUGAAGCCAAAGGAUGAAAACUGCUUUAAUCAAAGUUUGGUCACAGUGUAAAAGAGCCAGAUACUAAGGUUUAAUAGCACCUGUGACUGAAAAAAGAAAACACAGGACAGCGAUGAGAAACAAAAUCCAAAGUCUCCCACAUUUUUGUGUUAUGGUCCCAAUGAUGCUUUAUUUCAGCCCUUUUCCACAGGUGCAAACAGCGUACAGCUGUAAAGCCAGCAAGAUGUUUUGUGUUAAUGAAACCCAGAAUGACUCGUACCUGCAAGUAGGAAGAUACAUUUAGUAUCAUCUAUAAAUUUUUUAGGGGCAAGAGAAAAACAGCAUCCAGUGACAGAUUAGCAGAAAUACAAGGUGGCACAAAUCCUUGCUAAGCAGUGCACACUGAGGACCUCAGCGCACCCCUGAUUUACAGGAGCCAAACGACAAGCAUAGCAGCUGGUCUUCCUGCCCUUCCCUUUCCACGCUCAGCCCAACACUUGUAUCAGCUUUCAGGCUUGCAUGACUCUGACAACAGUUGUUUUCAACAUUCUGAAAGCUUUCACAUUUUUCUUCGUUUCGUGACAUCACCUAGUUGGAAGGUUUUUUUCUCUUGGGGGUUUUGCACAAAGGAAUGCAGCACCACAGACUGCAUGUAGAGUCAUGCCCUAAUGGACAGACUCGGGCCAUCAGCAGUGCAGCGGGACUGGGGCCACCGAAACUCUUCUCUGGCUUGGGUGAAAAUUUUAGGAGGUCAAUGUAACAGGCAUCAGAUGAUUUUCAAACUGUAUUUUCUCUUUUCAAAAGUUUCAUUUCUGGGCAACAUUUAUUCUUUAAAAAAAAACAACCCCAAACAAACAAAAAACUUGUGGUUGAUUAAAGGUAUAAACAAUU